UUUGACCAGACAGGGGUUUUAGGGAUGCCCUCCCUCACUAAAGAGCUAGCUGAUGUUUUUGCGGAGGACUCUGAAAACGACCGAACAUUUUACGGUUUUUCUGAAGGUGAAAUCAGCGACCACAAGAAUACAAGUUUGGAAGAUGAAGAUGGAGCCCAGCCAUCUCUUUCACCCAAGAAGCAGAAAGCUGCUGCCUAUCCCUUCAGACUGAGGGUGGCUCUCCGCUGCGCUCCCUCUGCCCAGCAGUCCACUGAUGAUGAGGAUGAAGAGGGGGGAGAAAAGAGGACAAAUAAGAGGGAUGUGCACAGAACAGGAAAGACCAGUCAGGCAAAGAAGAAGAGACACGUUAAGUUUGAAGAUGAAGAGACAGCAGUGGCUCGACCGUCUCCUUCUGAGAAGCGUGGAUCAGGUUCAGCAGAAGAUGUGUCGGACUCCUUUCUGGCCAAGAGAGAACAGAACAUCAAAGCCAAUAAAGCAAUGCUGGCACAGCUGAUGGCGGACCUGCAGAAGAUGCCAGGAGGAGCAGGUUUUAUGAAGAAACAAGCUGGCAAACAGCCCAAAGAGAAAAGCUCUCGUCCACCACGCUCUGGUGCAGCUGGAGGUGAGUCUAGGAGGAACCCAGAGCGAGCGUCCCGCAGACAGACACGCUCUAUGGGGUCGAGUGAGGAUCUUUUGACCCCGAAGGAGGAGCAGCUGGAGCUCAGCUUAGAGGAGGAGCUGCUGGAGGUACGCAGGGCCCCACAGCGCCGUGGCACCCCACGACCUCAUCAGUCCAAACCUCACAUUGUCCGUCCUGUGGAAGACAUCACAGAGGAUGAGAUUCAGCUGAUUGCAGACAACAUGACUGAUAAAGUCUAUGACAGAGUGACAGGCUCCACGUGUCACCAGUGCCGACAGAAAACUGUCGACACUAAGACGUGCUGCCGCAGUGAGGACUGUCGUGGGAUUCAGGGUCAGUUCUGUGGGCCGUGCCUGAGGAACAGAUAUGGAGAGGAUGUCAGGAAGGCGCUGCUUGAUCCGGAGUGGCAGUGCCCUCCCUGUCGAGGCAUUUGCAACUGCAGCUUCUGCCGCCAGCGUGAUGGCCGCUGCCCAACUGGGAUCCUGUUCCCCCUGGCUCAGUACCACGGCUUCUCAGACGUCCACUCCUACCUCCUCAGCCUCCGAAACAAACUGAAGCAUGAAGACGACGAUGGAGAGGCGUGA